CCGGUGCACAGGCACAGCCGAGUGUGCGAGUUAACAUUAUAACGGAAAAUGGUCGAAUGGCGCUUGUUUAUAGGUAGAUACAUUCCGUUUGGUUAAAUGGUCGAUUUAUGCUGCUACAGCUGAAUGGUGUAACGAUGAGAGUAUUACCGAGGGUAUGUCUACUACUUCGUGGUUGCUCUGGCUCUUCUCGCGUUUUAUAUAAUAAUUCGUCACAAUGGUUUGUUUAUUGGAAGAACGUGUCUGUAAUCUUGUUCUGGUGUGGUGCAUUACGGUCAUUGCUCAUCACUGCAAACUAGUUAAACUUCAGAGCUCAAUUUCAGAUUACAAACCAAGCGACCUCUGGAGUUACGAUGACAUAGAAGUGGCCAGACCUCAAAACGAAUCCAACAUCAGACUAGUGAAAAACAACCACGGCGACUCGUUCUACAUAAAAUCAGACGAUCGAAAAAUAACCCGAUUAAACGACGAAGACGUCAGCAGAGACGACCUACCCUCGCUUCGUAACAGAGACCACUUCGGGUCCAGAACCAACAUAGAGAUACCCAUAGGAUCGAAGUCUAACGAUGGAGAAAUAUCAAUCUCGAAGAAAAUCACCUUCAACGGUAACAACUCCAGAGCGAACAAUCAUCCUUUAUGGUACAAUGCUUUGGAAAAAAAUGCCAUGUCUUUGCCCGCUUCCAUAUCGUUCAACCUGAAAAACCUGUACGCCGGUGAAAGGAAAUCAGAGAGUACGAAGAGACCUUAUGAAAACUCCGGAGUGGUUUUCGCGAGUAAAAAUAUUCCAUUGAAUUCGAGUAGUUUGAGUCGUCAUAAAAUGAAGUAUCAGCAAGCUAAUUACGAGCCUGAGUACGAUGAGCCGGCGCUACCUCCUUCGUUGCCUAAUCUCGAAAUUAUACCCUUUGUGGCAUCAGACGCGUUAGAUAAACCCAAAGAACCAGUAGCUGAUCGAAAAGAAGGCAUAGAAUACGUAGAAGAUGAAACAACUCCGACAGAUCCGGCAGAUUUGAUCAAAAAAUUCUCACCUCCAAGUCUUACCGAAGGAGGCUUCAUUCCUCGAGAUCCAACCCCCGACGAGUUGUAUUUCGAAGCGAUCAAAUUCAACCGAACGUAUUCGCCCCCACCUCAAAUAAUUAUCACAGAAAUAACUUCGGAAUAUCGAGUGACCGAACCAUCGCAACCCAAAGUGCCAGAAAUUAUUUCAGAACAUCCUCAGCAUCACUAUAUUGAAUACUCGACAAUGUCAACGACCACUACCACCCAAAAACCAGCAACAACCGCAUCAACAACCACAACAACCACCACAACAUCAGCUCCACCACCUCCACAGCCAAUUUCCACCACCACCACAACAACUGAAAAUCCACCAACACCUCCGGAAAUGCCUCCAACUCCAGUUAUACAUUUCUUAACCACGAAAGCAGCCAAUUAUUCGACUCUGAUGCCUUUAUUCAGGCAUACCUCUACUUCAACAUCCACCACCACCACAACAACCACAACAACUGAGGACCCUUCAAUCGAAGAAUCUGAAGAAGGAAGUGACCCAGAAGGAGCAGGAGGAGAAGAAGAAUCUGAAGAAGAAGACGAAGAAACCAUACCAAUCCCUGAUACCGAACCAGUCAAUAAAGAACCAACUAUCACCAAUAGUAAUAAUAAUACCAAAGAAGAACCUCCUGCAGAACCAGAGGAUAACUCCUUAUUGAGCAAUAUACUGACGAUGAUAUUCGACGACUACCCAGUUCCUCCCAGUAAAGAAAAGACAACCACGCUUCCACCGCCAUCUUCGUCCAAGAAACCUAUCCCAGCAGUGAAAUUCACAACUCCGGCUACUAAACAGAGUACCCCAAGUUCGAGCAUACCUCCUUUCAAACACGUUUAUAUUCCACCAUCGUUCAGCAACCCCAGCCCAACAACCACCUCAACAACAACAACAACCACCACACCCGCACCCAGCACGACAACGACGACUCAAAGUACAUCAACGGUAAAAAGUAUGGAUAAAAUGGGUUUCAUUUCGACCAGGUUUUCCAACAAUAACAGCACCACAACGAUGAACGAAACGCAGCAGAAUCAAAUCAAAUAUGUCGGUUUGCCUCAGACAUUCACGUAUAAUCAACCAGUACCAAAGUCUACGCCGAAGCCGGUGAAAGAGAGACCAUCUUCUCAUAAUGAGAUUUACCACUCGAUGAAAAGCGAUAGCGUGAUUUCCGGCUUGUUGAAGUUAUCCGGGUGUAAUAUAUUUGGCAAAAUGUACAAAACUGGCGAACAAAUCGACGAGUUGACUGAACCUUGUUCUAGGUGUAUUUGCUCGGAAGCCGGUGUUCAUUGCAUUCAAACCAAGUGCUAAUUUUUUUUUUAGAGUUUAAGUAAUUUAUUGCAUUUAAAAAUAUAUUUAUUUAAUUUAUUGUA